GUAGGGAGGACUACACAGCAGUGACUGGUUCUUCAUCCUUCCCCCUUGACUUCUGUAGUCAUCGAUGGCUAGAAAAUGUAGAUGUUGCUGAGCGCGCUCUACAAAUUUUACCUUGUCUUAAGAUGUACAUCAAUGCUGCAAAAACAAAAACUGUAACAGAACCAUGCACUAAGUCUUUCAUUGCUGCUCAAAAAAUUGUUGAAGAUGAACUUAUCCCAGCAAAGCUGAACUUCUUUAUAAUGGUGGCAAGAGAAAUUACCCCGUUUCUGAAGUUGUACCAGACUGAUAAACCCAUGCUGCCAUUUAUGAGCAAAGAUCUCACAAACAUGCUCAGAAGUCUAAUGGAAAAGUUUAUCAAGCCUGGUGUCAUGAAGGAUGCAACAACCGCAGUAAAGCUUCUGCAAGUUGACUUUGCUGACACAGAGAACCACAUGGAUCUCACCAAACUCAAAGUAGGAUUUAUCUCUCAGCGUGCCCUGGAGGACCACAUGAAGAAGAACCCAAAUGCUGACAGACUGAGGUUGGAGUUCAGACAAAUCUGCAAGCUGUUUUUAUUGAAAAUGGUGGCUAAGCUUUUAGAAAAGUCUCAUCUCAAAUAUCCUCUUUUGAGAAGCAUGUCUUUUCUGGAUCCAAGAGUGCUUCUUGAAAGCAAAGAGAUGAGCACCCGAAAACUCAUUACUGUUCUGCGUCUGCUUGUGGAAGCUGGCAGAAUUCAAGAGAAAUGCUGUGAUGAAACUCUAAGAGAGUUUGGCAACUUCUUUGACUUCAAUCUGAUGUCAGCAUCCCACUCUUUCAGAAGUUACCACCCAGAAAAUGAUCGUUUGGAUGAAUUGUACAAUGGAUGUUUAUCCAACAAAGUAGAGUAUCACAAUCUGUGGGAAGUAGUAAAUCUUGUCCUGAUCCUGUCACAUGGUCAAGCCUCUGUUGAGAGAGGUUUUUCUAUCAACAAGGAGGUAAUGGUACAAAAUCUCAAAGAACAUUCAUUGAUUGCACAGCGUGUUAUACAUGACCAUGUGCAAAGUAUUGGAGGGCUACUUAACAUAGCCUACACAAAGGAGCUACUCCUUUCUGCAGCUGCUGGUAGGCAGAAGUAUCACAUGUACCUUGAUGACCAAAAACGCCUGAAGCAGGAUGAGCAAAAAGCACAAAAAAGGAAAGAACUAACAGAUGAGAUAUCUGAAGUUAAAGCCAAAAAGAAGAGAAUGGAGGAGGACAUAAGUGUGC